AAGUGUGUGAACUGUGAAGUGUUUGCUUAGUUGUUCUUUUUCAUCUGCGGAGUCCAUGAAUCUUUUUCAAGGGGAAAAAAGAGGAAGAAAGAUGUGAAAGCACUGUUGGGUUGUGUUCUUCUUGCUUUAUCUUUUGGUGUGUGUGAUCCCAAACACUAAGUACGCACAGGUUAUGUUUCUCUUUGAAGUUGAUUUCUUUUUAUGGCCCUUGCGUGUGCGACAGUUUCCCCAUGGAAAUGUUGGAUUUUAUGGUCUGCAGAGGAUGAUAGACACAUUGCCGACGUUGAGUGUUGAUUUAGCUUGGCUUCUAUAGCUUCAGGAACUAUAUUCUGGUAAUGAUUUAGGAAGCCAAUUGGAUAUGAAUAUGCUGGUGCGGACAUGCUUGAACCAAGGGAAGCUGAUGUACCUGUGUUGUUUCUGGUUUUGGUUGUGCUUCCUCUUGUUGCUUACAUUUUACUUGGGAAAUGGAGUGAGGCUACAAAGAAGAGAGAGAGGAUAGAUUUGCUUGCUCAAAUGGCUACUGAAGAGGCACUUAGGGCAGAAGCAAUGCCUACUGCCACUGCUACUGCUACUGCUACUGCUACUGCUACUGCUACGGCUAUUCCUUUCGUGUCUCCUUCAAAGAAUAGAAUUCAUGUCUGUGCUAGAUGCUUAAGCCCAGCUACAACUCGCUGCUCGAGAUGCAAGUCUGUUAGAUACUGUUCUGGGAGAUGUCAAAUAAUUCAUUGGAGGCAAGUUCAUAAGCAAGAAUGCCAGCAGUUGGAAACUACCAGUUCAUGUUCAUCUCCAAAUGCUACUGCAAUCAAGGACUCAAUUCCAGAGAGGAUCUCAAGUCUCUCAAUUAAUGACAGCUUGAAUUCAUUUUACUCUGGGUAUCAUUUUAAGUCAGCUUUGAUGAAUAAUGCACCUUCAGAGAAUACAGUUCAUCCUCCAAUAAUCAAUGGUGUCUCUGCCGGUACCAAUUGUGCUGCAGUUGAUGCCUCUCAAGAGGCCAUGCUACAGAAAAGAAGCGCAGAAAAGUGGGUUUAUCAUAAAUCCAAUGGAGAAAUGUUAAUAGGACAUGAUGUGGCUGUACUUGAUUCUCAGGAAGAAACUUCUGGAACGAGGCCUGCCUGCUUAACUUCUUCUAAUGACACUGCCAGUGUGUAUAUCAAUGGGCAAGAUAGUGCUCAUAAUAUGCAUGUGAUUCCUAAAUAUUUAAGAGAACCUGGGAAGAUGUUUGAAUCAAGAAGCAAAUAUGGAUCUUUGGGUUCAUUGCAUUCAGAGAAAAAUGGGAUAAAAGUGCAUGAAACUGAAACAGACAUUAUUUUGAAUGGAGGAAAUAUGUCAAAUGUAGAAAAUACUUUUAAUGGUGAGAUGGGAGUGUUGAAUUGUUCUUAUGAAACAGCACCUACGAAGGGAAGUGUAAAGGGUAAAUGUGCAUUGCUGCCUGUGGGGACCAAAAUUUCUAAAUCAUCAAAAUCAACGAUGAAGGAGAAAGUCUUUGGAGAACAAUCAUACUCAGAAGUAGAGGGCAGGGAAAAAAUUGCAGAUGAUUCAAAGGCUGUUAGAAUGGGACAUGCCAUUCCUGCUCCAGGAAGCAAUGGAGUUGCUGGUGCUGGUAUUGUGAAGAAGAUGAGCAUAAGGAGGUCAACUAGACUUACCAGACAGGAUGUUAGAGGACUUAGUGGGAUACACAGAAAAAUGCUGUUCCCUUAUGAAGAAUUUGUUGAGAUAUUUAACUGUGAGGCUGUUAUCUUAUCACCUAGGGGACUUGUAAAUUGUGGAAACAGUUGUUAUGCCAAUGCUGUCCUUCAAUGUUUAACCUGCACAAAGCCACUGAUCAUGUUCUUGCUUCGUAGAUCACAUUCAAGAUCCUGUUGUGGGAAAGAUUGGUGUCUUAUGUGUGAACUUGAGAAACAUGUAACGUUGUUAAGAGAAUUUGGUGGCCCUCUAUCUCCUAGUAGAAUCCUUUUGCACAUGCAGAAUAUCAAUUGCCAGAUUGGUGGUGGAAGUCAGGAAGAUGCUCAUGAGUUUUUAAGGCUUCUGGUUGCAUCAAUGCAAUCCAUAUGCUUGGAAGGACUUGGUGGUGAGAAAAAGGUCAAUCCCAUAUUACAAGAAACAACUUUCAUACAACAUACUUUUGGUGGUCGUCUUCAGUCAAAGGUCAAAUGUCUGAGAUGUCAUCACGAGUCAGAACGAUAUGAAAGUAUAAUGGAUCUUACGCUAGAGAUAUUUGGUUGGGUUGAGUCAUUAGAAGAUGCAUUGACUCAGUUUACUACCCCUGAAGAAUUGGAUGGAGAAAACAUGUAUAGAUGUGGAAGGUGUGCCACAUAUGUCCAAGCUAGGAAGCAAUUGAGCAUACAUGAGGCACCAAACAUUCUGACAAUUGUUUUGAAACGAUUCCAGGAAGGACAGUAUGGGAAAAUAAACAAAUGUAUUACUUUUCCUGACAUGCUGGAUAUGGUCCCAUUUAUGACUGGAAUGGAUGAUAUUCCUCCUCUUUACAUGCUCUAUGCUGUUGUGGUGCAUUUGGAUACAUUGAAUGCAUCCUUUUCUGGGCAUUAUGUGGCAUAUGUAAAAGAUAUGCAAGGCAACUGGUUCAGGGUAGAUGAUACUGAGGUUCAUCCAGUGCCAAUGAGCCAAGUGAUGUCUGAGGGAGCAUAUAUUCUAUUUUACAUCAGGUCCUGUCCUCGCCCUCAGAGGGAAUUUUAUGAAAAACCUAUCCAGCAACAAGUUCCACCAUCUGUAAGACAAUGCGUCUCAUCAAGUACACAGAAACCUUCAAGAAAGGGACAUGUCAAAUCAAGCAGCCGCAUUCUUGGCUCAGAGCCAUCAUUGGAUUUCAAACCAGAAAAUGGCACUGGCCUUAACAACCACACUAAUGGGAUUCUGGGGAGCACAAACAGAAACAUUGCUCAAGCAAUGGAAUUCUCUGAUGCUACAUCAAGUGAUUGGUCUCUUUUUACAAGCUCAGAUGAGGCUUCCUUCACUACUGAGAGCACCAGAGACUCCUUUAGUACUGUGGAUUACUCUGAUACAUGCAAUGCAGAUAAAUUCUCCUCAAUCUUCAAUAACUUGUAUCCUCCACAGUCAUCCUCGCAGAACAGCACUCUUUGUUGUAGAACAUUUUCAAGUAAUAGGCCACAGACUAAGUUCAUCUCAGAGGAAAGGGGCUAUGUGUUAGACUCAUUCUUGUCAACGCAUCCUACAAAAGGGUUAUGGAGAUGAGAUAGUUUUAAACAGGUCAGUGAUUCUACUGAAUUUCCUACUUUCUUGUUGUACCAUGUCUUCAAAAUGUGGGAUUAAUCCAAAAUGUGGUCUUGAUUGAACUUCUGGCCAUUGUAAAUUAUAGGCUUGGAGAUCCCAACUGAUAAAUUAGAUGACUUAGCUAGGUGGAAUCUGUGCCUCAAUAAUUUUUGUUCGUAAUACCUUAUUAAUUGGGGCAUUGGGAUUGUUCUAUAUCACCCAAGGAAAGAAACAUUCUUGUCAGCAUUUAGAAUUAAUUGUUGAAAAUGUAAAGUGCCAGCAUCUCCAUGUGGGACUUUUCAGUCA